AAAGUGCCCGAGCCACAUGACCCUGGUCGCCCGCCUGUUAAAAGGAGGCGCUUCCCGGACACCCUGUACGUCUAGUCCGCGGCUCUCCCCUGUCUUUUCGGGCACCCACGCCAUGUGCGCUGCUCAGCGCUCGGCGGCCGCCCUGGCGGCAGCGGCCCCGCGCUCGGUGUACGCCUUCUCUGCGCGCCCGCUGGCCGGCGGGGAGCCCGUGAACUUGGGGUCCCUGCGGGGCAAGGUGCUGCUCAUUGAGAAUGUGGCGUCGCUCUGAGGCACAACUGUCCGGGACUACACCCAGAUGAAUGACCUUCAGCGGCGCCUCGGGCCCCGGGGCCUGGUCGUGCUCGGCUUCCCGUGCAACCAGUUUGGGCAUCAGGUGCGCCGGCCGGGCGGAGCGGGGAUAGGCGUGCGACCGGGGUUAGGAGCGCCGGCUGAC